AUGGGUAGUCUAGGCCCCUAUUCGGAGGAUUUUGUCGAGGUUUAUGACGUCUCCGACAACCUCCUUGUCCGUCUAAGUGGAGACAGACGGGGCUACAUUGUCCAGUCAGCUGUCUACUACCGUGUUGUGUUUACUACGGAUGAAUAUUAUACCGGUACCGAGAAGGGAUUUAAGGCUGUAUGGACAGUUACUUCAACUGAGUAUGCCAGGUUUGGCGGCUAUGCAACGUUGUCAUGGACUCUCCCGGAUCCUGGGACCAGGGAGUUCAGUGUGUGUAAAAGUGAGACAAAGACAUGCCUUCUUCACAUCACAGGCUACAAUUAUGUCAGAGCUGCCAGUGACAAGUUCACAUCUAGAGUGAGAUUCAUUGGACACGCUUCAUCAUCAGGAACCGGUCUGUUCAGAUUCGUGCUCUCUGAUGUAACUUGGGAAGACGAAGGUCAUUACAAGUGUUACAGGGGCUCACCAGACUCAGGAGGACCAAUCAUCCCUGACUGUGGACAGAAUCUGGUAAUACUUGGAUGCGGUGGGCGCUACACAGGCUCUUCUGGCUCCAUCUCCUCCCCUAACUACCCUGGCAAUUACGGCAACAAGCUGUUCUGUACCUACAUCAUUGAUGCAGGAGAGACAUUGGUCACUCUCGUGUUUAAAGUUUUCAUAACAGAGUCAUCGAAAGUGAUGUUGUCAAGUAUGCGGUGGGCGUUACACAGGCUCGUUGGGCUCCAUCUCCUCACCUAACUACCCUGGCAAUUAUGACAACAACCUGCACUGUGUCUACACCAUUGAUGCAGGAGAGACAUUGGUCACUCUUGUAUUUGAAGAUUUCAAUACGGAGUCAUGUUGCGAUUUUGUCAAGGUAUGUAUAGUUGUUAUUUUGUUAAAUGUAUACUAGGUAUUGUGUGCUUUCUUUGUUAAGCAAUUAGAACCAAUAUGGAAUGAAGUGUGCAAGUAUCUGUACCAGAUUAAUGUAUCUUUUAGAAAAUAGUUUUACUGACAGCAAGUAAGACAUAAUACUGAUACAAUACUGAUAUGAAUGAGCCUAUUCUGUGAUCAACUGUAAGAAUUUUGAAAGGUUUAUGAUUACGCAAAUAAAAUAGUAUGAUGUUAAUUGUUUGUCAAUGUUGGUGAAUGGAUAUAUAGAAUGUUACCCCAUGUGCUGGAGUGCAUUGAUUCCAUAGCACUCACAUGGAUGUCAACAAGAGUGAAAUAUGAAUGUUUUGGUGUAAUGGAGACACACAAUGGUUGAUUUAUAUUUCUCUGUAUUCAUCAGCUAAUUUUAAGGUCACCUGACUGAAAUUUCCCAUACUUGUUCCCACCAAUAAUGACAUCUCAAUUUGUUUCAAGAGGUUCCAAUUCAAUUUGCAAUAUGGCCACCACUUCAGCCAUAUUGAAAAUGCUAUUUGUGGCCGUUUUUCAAACAUUUUCUAUCAAAAUGUCAUGAAAUUAGUACUUGUGUAGUUAGUAGUGGGGCUAGUCCGUAUUUUGCAACAUGUCAGUGGAUCUUUGCAUUUUGACCAUGCUCCUAAAUUAUUUCAAAAUGCAUUUCCCAGCACUGUAAACAUCUUCUGCUUAGAAACCCACUGGACUAAUGAAGCUGAAACUUCAUAUAUUUGUGUCCACCAACCCCCCGGCGCAAACAGUGCACAUUCUUCCAAUACCAAGUCUUUCUCAC